CAAUGGUGUUUUUUUCCCAGUGUAAUAAUGGUUUUGAAAUGUCUCCGUCUCCAGUUCUUCAAUGGUGUUUUUUCCCAGUGUAAUAAUGGUUUUGAAUUGUCUCCGUCUCCAGUUCUUCAAUGGUGUUUUUUCCCAGUGUAAUAAUGGUUUUGAAAUGUCUCCGUCUCCAGUUCUUCAAUGGUGUUUUUUCCCAGUGUAAUAAUGGUUUUGAAUUGUCUCCGUCUCCAGUUCUUCAAUGGUGUUUUUUCCCAGUGUAAUAAUGGUUUUGAAUUGUCUCCGUCUCCAGUUCUUCAAUGGUGUUUUUUCCCAGUGUAAUAAUGGUUUUGAAUUGUCUCCGUCUCCAGUUCUUCAAUGGUGUUUUUUCCCAGUGUAAUAAUGGUUUUGAAUUGUCUCCGUCUCCAGUUCUUCAGCUUCCCUGCCACUGUAGCUCCGUAUAAAUGCUCCGUCCUUCCUUUGAGCCAAAACCAGGAAUUCAUGCCUUUUGUUAAGGAACUCUCUGAAGCGAUGACCAAACAGGGCGUGUCCCACAAGGUGGACGACUCGUCAGGAUCCAUUGGGAGACGCUACGCCAGGACAGACGAGAUCGGAGUGGCGUUCGGCAUCACCAUCGACUUUGACACGGUGAACAAGACGCCCCACACCGCCACUCUGAGGGACCGCGACUCCAUGAGGCAGAUCAGGGCCGAGGUUAGUGAGUUGCCAGGAAUCAUCCGUGAUCUGGCAAACGGUGUCAUGACUUGGGCCGAGGUGGAAAGCAAGUACCCCGUCUUUGAGGGACAGGAGACCAGCAAGAAGGACACGGCCGAGGAAUGAACUUAAUCUUACUCAGUAUGUCUGUCAGUCACUCCUAUGAAACGCCCACAGACAUUUUUACAUUUCUGCAUCCAUAGGGACGAUUUUACUGCAACUGUAAUUAGGGAAGCAGUCAGUCCUCACGGUGUCCUAACACACAACUGCAACCACUGAAAUUAAACUUCAAAAUAAAUUUAAUAUAAUCAUUGUACCGAACAAUUAUAAAUAGGGUGACAGAGUAAUAAUUUGUCCCUGUUCUGGUAAAUAUUCACCUGUGUACUGGAAUCUACUCAGAGUUGGAGAGAGAGG